AUGACGGCAUCAAGCAAUGUUAAAGUAGUAUGUCGGUUUCGACCAUUAGGCAAAUCAGAACAGAAAUGUAGUAGUAAGACGUUAAGAGUUUUGGGGGACGGGAAGACAUUGCAAGUAGAGACAAAGGAAUUGAGUGGAUGUUUUGUGUUUGAUCGAGUGUUUGAUGGGUCAGCACGGCAGAUGGAUGUUUUUGAGUAUUCGGCACUGUCUACAGUGAAUGGUAUGUGGAAUAUGUGUGUAGAACUGUGUUUGAAAGAGAAAGAUGUUUUGAAUGGGUAUAAUGGGGCAAUUCUUGCGUAUGGGCAUACGGGAUCGGGUAAAACAUAUACUAUGAUGGGACCGGAUAUUGAGAACGAAGAGUUGAAAGGGAUAAUUCCUCGGAUUGUUACGCAAAUCUUUAAGAAUAUUAUGGAAUCUUUGAGUAAUAUUGAGUAUACGGUGAAAGUUUCGUAUAUGGAGAUAUAUAUGGAGAAGAUCAAGGAUCUUUUGUGCCCACAAAACAAUAACCUGCCGAUUCAUGAAGAAAAAAGUAGAGGAAUUUAUGUAAAGGGUUUGAGAGAAAUAUAUGUUUCGUCGUUGGCAGAAAUUUAUCAAAUUAUUAAAAAAGGCAAUCAAGUGCGAGCAGCUGCUGCAACAACUUUAGAUGUUAAUACUGAAAGUUCGAGAUCUCAUGCUAUUUUUUGUAUUAUAAUUACUCAGAAGAAUCUUGAAACGGAAAAUAUAAAAAGCAGUCAGCUUUUUUUAGUGGAUCUUGCUGGCUCUGAAAAAGUGGCUAAGACUGGUGCCACUGGACAGGUAUUAGAAGAAGCAAAAAAAAUAAAUAAGUCUCUUUCGACACUGGGUUUAGUGAUUAAUUCUUUAACUGAUGGAAAGUCAACACAUAUACCAUAUCGUGAUUCGAAACUCACUCGUAUAUUACAAGAAUCACUUGGUGGAAAUUCUCGUACUACUCUCAUCAUUAACUGUUCAUCAUCUAUAAGUGAUGAAUCAGAGACCAUUUCUACUAUUCGUUUUGGGAUGAGAGUUAAAGCGGUUAAAAAUAGGGCUAAGGUUAAUCAGGAACUUUCUUCUAGUGAAUUUAAGCAUUUGCUUAAAAAGGCAAAGGCUCAAAUAUUUGCUUAUUCUGAAUAUAUUAUUGCUCUUGAAAGUGAACUUAAUCUUUGGCGAAGUGGAGAAAAAGUUUUUCAGGAAAAAUGGACCCCAAGAAUGGUUAUAAACGUUAAAGAGUCUAAAGUUGUUAUGAAUAAUGAAAAAAAUGAUAUUAUAAAAACUACUGUAUUAGAAAAAAGAUCAAUACCAUUUGUUCAAAAUAUUGCAAUGGAAAAAGAUGAAAAAGAUGAUUUUUUGAAAAGGGAGAACGAGUUACAAGAUUUGAUUUCAGAAAAAGAGGUAUUAUUAGAAAAUCAAGAAAAGGAUUUGAAAGAUGCAAAAGAAGAAAUUUUAUAUUUAAAAGAACAUAAUAAUGAAAUUCUUAAGAAUAAUGAAAAAUUGACUAUAGAACUUAAUGAUUUACAGUUGCAAUUAGAGAAAAGUGUAUUCGAAAAUAAGGAAACUAAUAUAACAUUGGAGUCUUUAAAAUGUAUAAAUGUUAAUCUUUUGUCUGAGUUAAAUAAUUUAAAGCAAAAUUUUUGUGAGGCCAAAAUGUCUGCUGAAUUUGAUUCUAUUGAACAGCCGUUAAAAAAGAAAAAAACAAAACAGAUAACAGACGAAAAUGAUUUAACUAGUGCUAAAAUUGUCUGUCCAAAACAGUUUUUGGAUGAUAUAAAUAAUCUUAGUGAAAUAUCUAAUAAUAAUACAAAAGUUUUAAAGGAUAGGUUAACUGAAAUGCAAACUGUUAUUUCUAGUUUAGAAUCUACACUUAAUGAACAAAUGAAUCAUGCUGAUAAUCUUAAAAAAAACAAUAUUUUAUUAGAAAAAAGAUUAAAAUAUGUUGAAGAAGAAUAUCAGUUUCUUAUAGACAAAAUAUUAUUAGAAGAGAAUAAUCAAUGCAUAAAAACUCAAGAAAUAUUGUUUAAUCAGGCAUGCAAUAUGCAAAUAUAUAAUAGUUUGUUGCAAGAGGAUAACUCUAAAAUAUCUUAUAAAAUAACUAAAGAUGAAAAUUCAGGGUCUAACGAAAAAGUUUCUAUGAUGCAGGAAUGUGAUGUUUCUAAUAAAGAUAAUAUAAUGAAUAACAUUACUUUGAAAAGUGAAGAAUUUAACAUGAUGAGCAAGACUUUAAUGAACGAGUUUAGGGAACGUCGUGAUAAGGUAGUUGAAUUGGAAAUAUCUCUUAAUAAAAUUCGUGAACAAUAUAAUAAUAUUUUGCGUAAUAAUAAUACUAAAACUCAACGAAAAAAAAUGCUAUCUUUGGAAAAGAAUUUGGAACAGUUGACAGUUAUACAAAAACAAUUGGUGGAGCAAAAUAUAUCAUUAAAGAGAGAAAUUUCUAUUGUAGAACGUAAACUAGCACUACGAGAUGAGCGCAUUUUGAAUUUAGAAACAUUAUUACAUGAUGCUCAAGAAAAACUUGUCAAUCAAAAUCGCGCAUUUGAAAGACAACUCCAAAUAUUAAAAGAGAGGUUGAAAAAGACACGAGACUAUUUACCAUCUUCAGAUUUGAAUCUUGGGAAAAUAGCUAAACCGUUAAGAGGAGGUAUGAGUUAG